AUGGCCACAUUUGGCCCCCGGGCCUUGACUGUGACACUACGAGAAGUGGUGUACCUGUGCUGCUCCUGGGAUAUCUUCAGGAACCUGAUGGUCCAGUUUUGGAAGGAGGGGGUGGAGCUGGAGAACUUUGUCUUCUUCUACAUUGAUCUUUUUGCUGAUGGUCUGGGAGGUGAGCGACCCGUCAGGCCCUGGUUCAGAGGAGACCAGGAUGACUACGGGGCCCAACUGGCCUUCAGGAGUGUAAAGGUGCUGACCUACUUGGAGCCUCAGAAUCCAGAGUAUUUCCAGUUUGUAGAAACUCUGAAGAACGAAGCAAAGAAAUCGUUCAACUUUACUAUCAAAGACUCCCUAUACAACCUGAUAGCUGCAGGGUUCUACGAUGGAGUGAUGCUGUACUCUCAGGCUCUGAACGAGACUUUAAGCCAGCAGAGAACAGGGCCGGGACCGGUGAAGAGACCCAGAGGAGAUGUGGUGACCAAGAAGAUGUGGAACAAAACCUUCCCAGGAGAAGUGGGCGUGGCCAAGAGCGCUGGCAGGUGGCAGAGAUCAUGA